AUGCUUAAGGCGAUUCGAAUGCUCCAGCCUGUCCACAAUCUGAGCGUUCGGCGUCUCUGCGAAGAUGAAUGCUCACGCCCUCUUGCUGGUCGUCUGCGACCAGCACGAGACGAUAGCUCGGAGACCACGAUUCGUUCUCAUUCUUAUUCUCUAACUCCUGCUCAAAAGCGGGCCCACAUUGCACAGCUCAAGAAGAACUCAACUGCUUUCGUCGCCGGUAUUGUUACAGUGUGGACGUUCUCCAGAAUGAUGGCUUUGAAGCCAUUGCAUACAGCGAGGAUGUCCCAGGUUUCUCGCGAGAUAUUGGGGGAUCUUCGGCCGAAUUCCAACCCGAAUCAAGGACUACCCUAUCGCCUUCUCUGCGAGACCCUAAACCGUCUCGAAUUGGCGUGGUUUUCAGCAGGAUCUGCCAAUGCGCAUUUCAAAAAGCAAAACUACUGCCCUUCUUCAUCAAGCCAUUGGGACGCCUCCCAUGAUUCGUUCUUGAGGUACAUUCACCCAGAAUGUCUAGAAAUACUAUUAACUGAUUAA